AUGCUACUUAAAAGUUGGUUCUGGUUAUUAUAUAUUGUAUUUUUGCAGGUGUAUAAACAAGCUAUAGAAAGUUUACGACCUUCAUCUACUGACACAUGGCCAUUAUACUUAAAUCAUGCUUCUCUUGCAUGUCUUCCAAAUUCUUGCUCAAGGCAUAAUACACCAUCUCAGGCUCAUGCUCUUACCAAACUUGUGAAAGGUUUUUCAUCAGGCAGCGAUGAAUACAUUGUGAUUGUUUGUGAGUACAAAGAUGCUUUUGCCUCUGCUUGUGCUGUAGCACGUGCCUUCCCCCUUUAUAACAGAAAAGCUAAAUAUUCUGGAAGUGGUCACACAGUAACUGUUGAGUUUGUUCUUCUCAAUGCUGAUGGUCAUAAAACUACUGCACUAAGAGAUUCUGAUGUUGAGUGCUUGACGGUUGCUGCUGAGGGGAUACGAUUAGCCGCCAAAAUAGUGGAUAUGCCAUGCAGUGAGAUGAAUACUGAUGCUUUUCUUCAAGAAAUUCAUAAAGUUGGUGAUGCUUUGGGUAUUAAACCAGAAGUAAUACGAGGACAAGAUUUAGCCAAAAGGGGCUUUGGUGGCAUCUAUUCAGUGGGUCAAGCAGCUGAACAUCCUCCAGCCCUUGCUAUUUUAAGUCAUACUGAUCCUGAUGCAGAAGAAACUAUAGCUUGGGUUGGGAAGGGAAUUGUGUAUGACACAGGUGGAUUAUGCAUUAAAUCAAAGACUUCUAUGGCUGGUAUGAAAAGAGAUUGUGGUGGAGCAGCUGCUAUACUUGGAGCAUUUUAUGUUGCUGUGAAACUGGGUUUCCAAGAAAAUCUUCAUGCCAUUUUUUGUCUUGCAGAAAAUGCUGUUGGCCCGAAAGCUGUGAGACCAGAUGAUAUUAUUACAAUGUAUUCAGGAAGGACAGUGGAAAUCAAUAACACUGAUGCAGAAGGCCGUCUUGUUUUAGGAGAUGGUGUUGCAUAUGCUGAAAAGGAUUUAAAUGCUACCACCAUAUUAGAUAUGGCUACCCUUACAGGUGCUCAGGGAACUGCUACAGGUAGAUACCAUGCUGCUCUUCUCACAAACAGUGAAGAAUGGGAAAAAGCUGCUGUGAAAGCAGGACAAAUUUCUGGAGAUCUGGUCCAUCCUGUACCAUAUACACCUGAAAUUCAUUUUAAUGAAUUCGCAAGCAACAUUGCUGAUAUGAAGAAUUCAGUUGCAGAUCGCUCCAAUGCUCAGCCAUCAUGCGCAGGAUUGUUCGUUGGAGCUCAGAUUGGUUUCGAUUAUGAAGGCUAUUGGAUUCAUGUAGAUAUGGCAAGUCCUGUACAUUGUGGUGAUAGAGCUACAGGCUAUGGAGUUGCUUUGCUGACUACUCUGUUUGGCCAUGCUUCUGAUAAUUCUCUUCUGCAAAUGCUUUCACCUCACAUGGAAGCAGAAGGAAAUGGAAUGGAAAGUGCAAGUAAAAAAAUAAGACUAGAGUGAUAAAUCUUCUGUAUUUGUCAAGCUAUGCAAAAUAUAUAAAUCAUCGAACUACUCCACAAUAUGCAAAAUCUCAUUCAGGAACUCUAAUUUCAAUUAAACUUUUUACCUCAAAGAAAUA